AUGCCGAAAAGAUUUUCAUUGCUGCUAAUAUAUCUAUCUAUCUAUCUAUCUAUCUAUCUAUCUAUCUCAAUUUUCAUUGCUGCUAAUAUAUCUAUCUAUCUAUCUAUCUAUCUAUCUAUCUAUCUCAGUAUAUAUUGGUUUGGUUUGAUUUUUAUUGCCGCUAAUAUUUUUAUCUAUCUAUCUAUCUAUCUAUCUAUCUAUCUAUCUAUCUAUCUCAGUAUAUAUUGGUUUGGUUUGGUUUGUUUUACGGCAUAUCAACACCUCAAUGGGUUAUUUAAUGUCGACAAGAUUUUUAUUGCUGCUAAUAUUUCUAUCUAUCUAUCUAUCUAUCUAUCUAUCUAUCUAUCUCAGUAUAUAUUGAUUUUUAUUGCUGCUAAUAUUUCUAUCUAUCUAUCUAUCUAUCUAUCUAUCUAUCUAUCUAUCUCAAUUUUUAUUGCCGCUAAUAUUUUUAUCUAUCUAUCUAUCUAUCUAUCUAUCUAUCUAUCUCAAUUUUUAUUGCCGCUAAUAUUUUUAUUAUCUAUCUAUCUAUCUAUCUAUCUAUCUAUCUAUCUAUCUCAAUUUUUAUUGCUGCUAAUAUUUCUAUCUAUCUAUCUAUCUAUCUAUCUAUCUAUCUAUCUAUCUCAAUUUUUAUUGACGCUAAUAUUUCUAUCUAUCUAUCUAUCUAUCUAUCUCAUCUCCCUCAUCUCUCCGCAUUUAUCUCUCUUUCUCAUUUUCUCCAUAUCUCUUUCCUUCUUCCUCCUUUUCUCUUCAUUUCCUCUCUUUCAGCCUCGCUUAUCCCCUUUCUUUUUUUUUCUUUCUCUCUCUCUUUCUUUUAUCUUUGUUUUCCUUGUCUGUUUUACUUUUUUGUUUUUCCUCCUCCAUCUCCUCUUCUUUUUCUUCUUUUCCUCCUCCUCUACUUCUUCUUCUUCUCGUUUUUCUUUUUCUUCUUCUUCUUCUUCUUCUUCUUCUUCUUCUCUGUCUUUUUCUUCUUUUUCUCCUUCUUCUUCUUCCUCUUCUCCUUCUUCUCCUCCUUCUUUUUCUUCUUCUCCUUCUUCUUAUUCUCCCCUCCUCCUUCUUCUUCUUCUUUUUCUUUUUCUUUUUCUUUCUUAUUCUUCUUCUUCCUCUUUUCCUUUUUCCUCUUCUUCUUCUUUUUCUUUUCCUUUCUCUUUUUCUUCUUUUCCUUUUUCUUCUUCUUCUUUUUCUUUUCCUUUUCUUCUUUUUUUUCUUCUUCUUCUUCUUUUCCUUUUCUCUUUUUUCUUUUUUCUUUUUCUUUUCUUCUUUUCUUUUCUUUUCUUUUCUUCUUUCUUCUUCUUCUUCUUCUUCUUCUUCUUCUUCUUCUUUCAUAACUCAUUUAUCAUUUUCUUCUUUCUAUUUUUUUCUGUCUUUUUCUUUUUCGGUGUCUUUGUUUUAUUUCUUUCUCCCCCCCCCUUCCUCCUGUGUUUGGAAACAAGACAAAAUGAUUCUAUUUCUUUUAUUGCUCUUUCUGUUUCUUUUAUUGUCCUCUCUGUUUCUUUUAUUGCCCUCUUUAGGUUUUUAUUGUCCUCUCUGUUUCUUUGUCUUUUCUGUUUCUUUUAUUGUCCGGACUGUUUCUUUUAUUGUCCGAACUGUUUCUUUUAUUACCUUCAUUGCUUCUUUUAUUGUACUUUGUUUUUUAUUGCACUCACUGUUUCUUUUAUCCUCCACUCUGUUUCUUUUAUUGUCCUCAUUGUUUUUUUUUUAUUGUCUUUUCUGUUUCUUUUAUUGUCCUCUCUGUUUCUUUUAUUAUCCAUUCUGUUUCUUUUACUCUAA